AGUAACGAAAUUUACUUAGAGAAAAAGAUUCCUGCUUUACUAAUUACUACACCUCUCCGGAAUUGGAGGGAGGAUUUACAGUUAAACAAAUUAAAACCCAAAUUUAUCAUCAUUUCAUUUUCAAUUUUGACCCCAAAAAAAUUCAAUCAUAAUUAACUUUGAGCGCCAAUUUAAAAAACCAAACCCUAGAGAGAGAAAGUUAACCAAAUUUAGAGAGAGAAAGUUAGAAAUUAGUAUAGCUUAGCUAAGCUAGUAGUACUUCUUGUUCAAUCAUCACCACUACUCUUCCUCUUCAUAAAUUUUAAUUAUUGCAAUCUUUUAUAAAAUUAAUUAAAGAUUUUAUUACUUUUUAGAUCUACUUACAUACCCAUUACUUCACCAUAUCUCACUUUCUCAAUGUUCUUCCAUUAUUAGAAAGAGAGGAUUUUUUGGGAUACAUACAGAUUUGAGUGUCAAAAAGUCAUAAAUUCAAAAAAAGUGGGGACCCUUUUUCAUUUUUUGGUAUUUAAUUGAGAUGGGUAUUCUUUAAAUUGCAUGUAAAUGUGAAUUCCUUUUCUGGGUAUUUGAAUUUUUUUUGUGAAGGUUGUGUUUGAAAUGCAGAUUUAAUUGCUUUAAUCAUCAAUUUGAAGACGGAAAUUUGAAGGCGAAAAUAGAGGGCAAUGUCUGGAAGCAGUAGGUUGUAUGAUCCAAGCAAGCUGCAUUUGAAGAGGGAGUUGACGCAAAUUCGAAAGGCGGCACGAGUAUUGCGUGAUCCUGGUACAACAUCCUCUUGGAAAUCCCCUUUAAGUUCAUCUAGAUCUGUGGCCCCAUCAUUUUUCAAUGUUAGUAAUGAUAAUAAUAGUCUUCACUUUCUUUAUCAUAAUACUAAUGGAAAUGGUAAUAAUCAUGAACAUUUGACUGCUAGAAAUGAUGACAAUGUUGUUGUUAGUCCACAUUUUAAGCAAAGGGUUGAGGGUAAUAAUGACAAUGAUGGGGUUGAGAGGGAGAUGGAUAAAGCGAAGGCGAAAGAGAAGGAUAGGAGGGUUUUUUUGUAUAAUUGGAGGAGUAAUAGGUCGUUGAGUGAGAAGAGUUUAGGUAGGUUUGAUUUGGAAGGGGGUGUUGGUGGUAAUGUGAGGAAGAAUGAUGAUGAUAAUAAUGAGUAUGUGAAUGAUGGAUCUUCGGUUCAUGGGAGUGUUGUUAGUGAUAGUGUUGGUGAUAGUUUGAGUGAUGCUCGAAAUGCUGGUGGUGAUUCUAAGAGUGAUACUUGUAUAGGGGAUCAUCAUCGUAGGGGUGGUCGACACCAACGGAAUUAUUCUACCACAUUUAGAUGCAGGGACACAAGGCUUGCUUCGAUGGCGUCACCUACAAGGGUUAGGAGGGUUGUUGGUAAGAAGAAAUCUAGGAAAGGUGCUUCUUCUGUUGUUUUAAGACACCAAUUGCAAAAACAGACGCAGAAGAGACCACUUGGUGUAGGUGAUAAGAACUCGAAAUGGGCACUGAAUGGUGGCCCUUCGACUCGUUUGGUUUUGAAUCAGGAUGAUUCUGUUAGCCUAAUUGAUCAAUCUGAUGGCACAGAAGAUUAUUGUGCCUCUGAUGAGUUGCGUCAAGUAUCAGGUGAAUCCCCUUUGCUUUCGAGGCUUAAGAAGAAGCAUAGGCUUUUGCGAGGUAGUCGAAGGGAUGACUCCUCAUAUACUCUUAGCACUCCUGCCUUGUCAACGAGCUCUUUUAACAGAUUUAUGCUGGCGAAUUGCAAGAAUCCUAGUACUGUGGGAUCCUGGGAUGGAACUACAACUUCUUUCAAUGAUGUAGAUGAUAACGAGGAGGAUCAUAUAGAUUUGCCAGGUCGUCAGGGAUGUGGAAUUCCAUGCUAUUGGUCAAAGAAGACACCCAAACAUAAGGGAGAUUGUAGAAGUUGCUAUUCUCCUUCUAUUUCUGAUACUUUGAGGAGAAAAGGUGGUAAAUUACUCUGCGGUAGCCAAAAAGAUAAUCAUAAACAACCUGGAUCUUUAUCGUGGUCAAAGAAACAGAAGAUCCAUUCGCAGAUGGCCAAAGGUCAUCUUCCCUUGCUCAGUAAUAGCUGUGAUGGUGGAGGAGAAUCAUCUUUUGGAACAGUUAAUAGUGAUGAUGAACUGUCUACAAAUUUUGGAGAGCUCAAUUUGGAAGGUUUGAGCCGGCUGGAUGGGAGGAGGUGGUCGGCCAGCUAUAGGAGUCAAGAUGGUUCGGACUUCAUUGCUGCCAGUGGGGAAGGUGAAGAGGAAAGCUCAUCAGAAAAUAUUAGGAGCUUAAGUCAGAGAUAUCGGCCGAUCUUUUUCGAUGAAUUGAUUGGGCAAAAUAUUGUAGUCCAGUCCCUUAUGAAUUCUAUAUCAAAGGGAAGAGUUGCCCCUGUUUAUCUGUUCCAAGGUCCUCGUGGUACUGGAAAAACAUCAUCUGCAAAAAUUUUUGCAGCUGCAUUGAACUGUUUGGCCACUGAGGGAACAAAACCCUGUGGAAUCUGUAGGGAUUGUUCUGAUUUCAUCUCUGGCAGGAGUAAGGAUUUAGUGGAAGUUGAUGGCUCAAAUAAUAAGGCAGUUGAUCGAGUGCGACACCUUUUGAAAAGCUUGUUGACUGCACCCUCAUCAGCUUCCCAACGGUACAAAAUUUUAUUAAUUGAUGAAUGCCAUAUGCUCCCAUCUAAGACUUGGUCAGCGUUUCUGAAGUUUCUUGAAGACCCACUGCCUCGAGUUGUAUUCAUAUUUGUUACUACUGAUCUUGAAAAUGUGCCACGCACUGUGCUGUCACGAUGUCAGAAGUAUCUCUUCAACAAAAUUAAAGAUGGUGAUAUUGUUAGUAGACUAAGAAAUAUAGCAGCUGAAGAGAAUCUCGAGGUUGAUUCUGAUGCCUUGGAUUUGAUUGCUUUAAACGCUGAUGGCUCACUUCGAGAUGCAGAAACUAUGCUAGACCAGUUGAGUUUGCUUGGGAAACGAAUUACCACUGCUCUUGUAAAUGAACUUGUGGGAGUUAUUUCAGAUGACAAAUUACUGGAACUCUUGGAGUUGGCUAUGUCAUCCAAUACUGCAGAGACAGUAAAAAGAGCUAGAGAGUUGAUGGAUUCUGGGAUUGAUCCAUUAGUGUUGAUGUCUCAACUGGCCAGUCUUAUAAUGGACAUCAUUGCUGGGUCAUACCAACUCGCAGAUGCCAAGUGUAGUAACUCCUCGUUAAGUGGCCGAAGUUUGUCAGAAUCAGAGCUGGAGAAAUUAAAACAUGCAUUGAAGCUUCUUUCUGAAUCUGAAAAACAGCUGAGAGUUUCCAGCGAACGCUCCACGUGGUUUACUGCCACUUUGUUACAACUUGGCUCUGUUACAUCACCUGAAUUUACUCUGUCAGGAAGUAGCAAGAAGCAAAGCUCAAAAACCACGGAUGAGGAUCCAUCUACUGCUUCUAGAGAUGCUUCUGGACGAAAGCAUAAUUCUGAUUCCAUGUAUAUGACCCGAAGAUCAGCUUCUCCUCCGUUAUUUUCUGGAGAGGGUAAUCGAAAAUCAGGUUAUCCAGAGGGUUCAUACUUGCUUACUGGUGGCGGAAGUUCCAAUUCCAAAGCAACACACAAGCGCUCUGUAAAUAGUAUGGAUAGCACUGCUUCACAUGGAGAUUUCAUUGGUGGAAGUAUGAUUGUAGGACAAGCAAAUAUGGAUGGCCUUGAUGACCUAUGGCUACAGUGUAUUGAGAGGUGUCAUUCCAAGACUCUGAGACAGCUUCUUCAUUGUCAUGGAAGGCUACUAUCAAUAGCUGAAGUUGAAGGUGUUCUCAUUGUGUAUAUUGCAUUCCGGGACAAAGUUGUCAAGUCCAGAGCUGAGCGGUUUCUUAUUAGCAUCACUAACUCAAUCGAGAUGGUUCUGGAACGAAGUAUCGAGGUCAGAAUGAUCCUGUUACCUGAGGGUGAAAUGUAUCUAGGUAGUACAGAGACGGUUGGCUCACUAGAAUUCUCAGGACAGAAGCAGAUUAAAUCAGGUGCAGGUGUCAAUAUGAAGGAGGGAGAAGGAUUUGCUAGUUUAAAUGGAGGGUCAAAUUCAUCUUUGUUGUUGGAGGAAAGGUCAUCAAGCAUUUUGGACCAACCGAAUGAAAACAACACUAAUGUGAGGAGGCAAGAGGUCCCUAUGCAGAGAAUAGAAUCCAUUAUCCGUGAGCAAAGGCUGGAGUCUGCUUGGUUGCAGGCUGCUGAGAGAAGUACACCUCGUUCAAUGAGUCGUCUACGACCUGAGAAAAAUCAGGUUUUGCCUCAAGAAGGGAUUAUUAAUGAGUUACCAGUGAAUUCCAAGGAUUUGACCUCCAACCAUUGGGAUGAUGAACUCAAUCAUGAGAUCAAGGCUUUGAAAAUUACUGACAGAAAAGCCCAGCAGAAGGAUCAGGAUGGUAAAAGAAUUGACCAUCAUCCUAUAUCUCCAAGCUUGUUGCAUCAGAGUGGCUAUGCCUCCAAUCUUAGCAAGGAUUAUCCGGGAUAUGAAUCAGGGCCGGGAACUGCUGGCUGCAAUAUGCUUUUUUGUUGGAACACCAGACAUCCAAGAAAGGGAAAGGGUAACCAAGGGAAUCCUGUUCAACCACGCAAAGGUGGACGAUUCUUAUGUUUUGGUGAAUGUAAGAAGUCUAGACAGAGUAGAGCAGAAAGAUAAAUUACUGUGCCGAACUUAUUUUUGUUGUACUUAUAUUUAUUUAUCUAUCUUAGUUUUCUUUUAUUGUUUAGGCCAUUCUUAAGCGAGAGGGGUGGGUCGUUUUAAGUCACAAGAGCUAGUUCUUUGAUUCUUAAACUAUGCUUAUUGUGCCUGGGGGAAGGGUGAGCGUUCACUCGCUGUAAUAAAGCAAUGAGGUGAAAAGUGUAAAAGUUCAAGGUUUUUUUUUUGGUUUUGUUUUGUUUUGUUUUUUUUUUUUUCUCAUCCUCUUCGUUUAAACUGACAUACGAGUCUUCUACUGCUCUUUCGCUAUGCACAGUUACGCUUGAAAAUGUCUAAAAAAGCGGAGAAACACCUAAAUUGCUCUAGAAGUUCAAAGGAGUUGAAGGGAGAAACAAGUUUAUGCAUCUUAUGAACCAUCAAAGCAACGCACAGGGCUUCAUUUUAUGUAGUUAAAUCAGUUGGUUUGUACAAUCUAACUGUGCCAUCUUGGGAUCUGGUUAUAGGCAUACUGAAUAAGAGUAUGACCAGUAAUAAUCGUUGAGACAAGUGCUCGAAUGCGACCAAAGUUCAAGGCAUAUUUAGUUAGAAAUACCAAUGAAAGAAUAACACACAUGUAAGUUGGGAGGUGGCAAAGUAAAAUGAGGCCAAGUGUGUCUAAAAUUGAGUCUUUCCAUGAAUCCUAAAUAGUAGAUUUGAAUAUUAGAUCCAUUCAAAAAAAAAAAAAAAAAAAAAAAAAAAAA